AUGAAGACACUGUGGCUGACAUUGGUUUUUCAUGCAAGUCUUCAGCUCCAGUGUGAUAAGGGGCAGAUCACAGCACACAUUGGAGGUGAAUUCAUUGUUUACUGCAAGUAUGACGCAGCCCGGUACCUGUUUAGUAAAAAGUACUGGUGCCGAGGUGACUCCAGAAGCACCUGCGAGAUUUUGGUGGAUUCAGAUGGUGGCACUAAAACAAUGAACACACAAAGGUCUCUAAUUAUAGAUCAAGGAAGAAGGGGGCUGUUUGUGAAAGUCAGUGAACUCCAAUUUGACGACGCUGGAGUGUACUGGGUUGGGAUUGACAAAAUAUAUGCUGACCUCAUGACUUCAGUUCAUGUGGCUGUCACUGAAGGUAAGAAUAUCACUUGCUUCUUUGUGCCAGUUCCAGUAUCGAAACCCAGACUUUGGCCCUUGAGCGCUCUAGUGGACAGGCCAACUUGUUGGGGGCAGCCAGUGACAGUGCGCUGUGGCUGUAAAGAGGGCACUGGCGUUCGUUACUCCUGGUAUCAAAACACUCACCACAAGGAUGUCCUGCUUCACCACUCCUCAGACUUAUGGCUACACUGUGGCACAGUGGAUAAGGAUAGUGAUUAUUACUGUGUUGCCAGUAAUGUCAUAAGCAGUCAGGGGAGUGAUAUCCUCUCUGUGCAGGUCCUGAUGCCUGCAAACAGCAGCUGUAUCUAUGUUGUUAAUAUGCCGGGCCAACCUGUUUAUGACUGUGCAGACAGAAUGAGCACCACCACAGCCGAAACCCCACCUCUGACUACCAGCCAAGCUACCAUAGAAGUCCUUUCUGACACAGGAAACCAGUCUUUACAAAUCAAUCAAACCAAUCAAGAUGUGUUUUUCAGCAGAAAGCUGAUUGACCGCAUCCAGACUUGCCUGUCAUGGGUGUCUCCUACAUCCUACUUCUGA